GUAUGGAUCGAUGCAGCCACACAGAUAUUCUACUCCUUAGGAGCUGGCUUUGGUGUCUUAAUCGCAUUUGCUAGCUACAAUCAAUUUGACAACAAUUGUUACAGAGACGCGUUGCUGACCAGUACUGUCAACUGCUGCACCAGCUUCAUCUCGGGGUUCGCCAUUUUUUCUAUCUUAGGCUACAUGGCUCAUAAGUCCAAAGUCAAAAUCCAGGAUGUGGCCACUGAAGGACCUGGAUUGGUUUUCAUCAUUUAUCCAGAAGCGAUUUCAACCCUUAACGGAUCCACCUUUUGGGCCGUGGUAUUCUUCAUCAUGCUGCUAACGCUGGGGAUCGACAGUGCUAUGGGGGGCAUGGAAGCUAUCAUCACUGGCUUAGCGGAUGAUUUCCACAUCCUGAAAAGGCACAGGAAGCUCUUCACCUUUGGGGUUGCGUUCAUCACUUUCCUGGGUGCUCUGUUCUGCAUCACAAAUGGUGGAAUCUACGUGCUUACUCUGCUGGAUACGUUUGCUGCUGGAACCUCUAUCUUAUUUGCUGUUUUAAUGGAAGCCAUUGGUGUUGCCUGGUUUUACGGUGUGGACAGAUUCAGCGAAGAUAUCCAGCAGAUGAUGGGUUUCAAACCAGGACUCUACUGGAGAUUGUGUUGGAAGUUCGUGAGCCCUGCUUUUUUAUUGUUUGUGGUAAUAGUCAGUGUUGUAAAUUUCAAGUCCCUGACCUACGACGACUACGUCUUCCCAUUAUGGGCCGAAAACGUCGGAUGGGGGAUCGCGUUGUCUUCGAUGCUCCUGGUGCCUGCAUAUAUUCUCUAUAAAUUACUGAGUACACGGGGGAGCUUUAAACAAAGACUCGCGUACUGCAUCACACCAGAGAAUGAACAUCACCUGGUAGCGCAAGGGAACGUGCGACAGUUUAAGGUGUGUGUUUACCUGUCCUGCUUCUACGUUCCAGAGGCAUGUAUUCAAUAA